GUAAACAAGGAUGAACAUUUUUACUUUAAUUUUUUCACCAGAAACAAAGAAAGCGAAACGAGAAAAAGAGAUCAACAGCGAUCACCAUGUUCUCAAGCUUUUCAGCCAAUGGAGAAACCCGAGAGGAGAGAUUUCAACAAGGUUUGGAGUUUAGAACGACGUCUCAGCGUGUGUUGCCCGUCGCUUGCUUUGUAUGUGGUCAAAGCUGUUGUUUUCAUUGCCCAAUUCGUGCUGCCCACCAACUGCUUGAAAGAAUUCCCCUGUGAAGAGGUUGUCAGGCUUUUUUUUGAGUGUCUUUGGGUGUUAGACGGUGGAAAGAUGAUAUCUUUGGAUGGUGUUGGUAUUCUGGGUGGUGGUGGUGGUGGUGGUGGUGGUGGAUUAAUUUGCUUGAAAAGGAGGGAUCUUGGGCGCUCUCAUGGUGUUUGCUUUUUGAAGUGGAGGUACGGACGACCGCUUUGUGCCAAGCCGGUGGAAGAUGAGAGCGUUCCUGUGCCGAUUUCUGCUGCGGAGCUGAGCAGAGUGGCUGGGAAUGCGGAGGCAUUGGAACGAGGGAGGUGGAACCGGGAAUCGAAUGCUCUUCCAAGACAGUUAUCUGCCACUGAUCUUGUUGCUCCUAGCCAGGGCUUGAAUAUUCGGGUGGCAUACCAAGGAUUACCAGGUGCAUUCAGCGAGGCUGCCGCUCUCAAAGCUUACCCGCUAUGUGAAACUGUUCCCUGUGAAGAGUUUGAUGUCACAUUCAAGGCUGUUGAAAUGUCAGUAGUUGAUAGAGCAGUUCUUCCAAUAGAGAAUUCAUCAGAUGGAAGUAUUCAUAGGAAUUAUGACCUGCUGCUUUCUCAUAGGCUGCAUAUCAUAGGCGAAGUGCAGUUAGCUAUUAACCACUGUCUUAUGGCAUUACCAGGAGUGAAAAAAGAGGGAAUAAAACGAGCACUUGCUCAGUGUGAAUUUAAAUUAAGCAAACUAGAAGUAAUUCAGCAAAACAUGCAUGAUACUGCUGGUGCUGCACAGAUUAUAGCCUCUGAUAAUCUAAGGGAUGCUGGGGCAAUUGCAAGUGUUCAGGCUGCGGAAAUUUAUGGGCUUAAUAUACUUGAAACAGGAAUGCAGGAUUUGUCAGACAAUGUCACUAGAUUUCUGAUACUGGCAAGGGAGCCUAUAAUUCCAGGAACAGACAGGCCUUUCAAGACUAGCAUAGUCUUCACCCUCAAUGAAGGUCCCGGAGUACUUUUUAAAGCCUUGGCAGUAUUUUCCUUGAGGAAUAUUAGUUUGACAAAGAUUGAAAGCCGACCGCAGCAGAAACGUCCCUUGAAGGUUGUGACUGACUCAAAUCAUGGGACUGCCAAGUACUUUGAUUACCUUUUCUACAUUGACUUUGAAGCAUCAAUGAUCGAACCUCGUGCACAGAAUGCUUUGGCCCACCUACAGGAAUUUGCCACAUUUCUACAUGUUCUGGGUUCAUAUCCAAAAGACACAUCUAAAUGCUUUUCUCAGGAGAAACUCUGAGGCUAAUUCCAACUACCACAGGGAGGAUAAAACAACACAAAAACUAGACAAAACAUUUCUGAAGCCAAGAUCAGUUUUUCCAGAAUAAGACAGAAUGUCAGUCAGUAUAUCAUGUUAUACCAGUCCUACUUUCUGAAUAAUUUACUAUUGUCUACAAUUUUUUUUUUGGUUCCAGAAACUGUAAAAUUCAGUUCCUCAUGUACAAAAUGUUCUUUCAAGAAAUGCCAAAAAAGUCCAAGAUACUUUGCAGUUCAUUGUUCAAGCAAAUCCAGUGUUUCUAUUAAUCACAAGAAAAAGAAAGUUUCAUGAGAGUUUCAACAGCACGUAUCUUGAUACCUUUGUUAUUUCUUAUAUGAACUUCUAAUCUAAUAAAGAGAUUCCUUAGCUUUGUUCCUCAACUAUUAAAACACCAAAAAUAUAUAGUUGACCAUCACCUCUAAAACCCUCCAAAGUCUAAAGACUCUAAACAAGAAGUUAAAUAAUAAACCAAGAAAUGAAAU